AUGGCAUGGGACAAUCAGACUUUUAACACCGAUUUCAUCCUUCUGGGAAUCUUCAAUCACAGCCCGACCCAUAUUUUCCUCUUCUCUUUGGUCUUAGGCAUCUUCACAGUGGCGUUCAUGGCAAACACUGCCAUGGUUCUCCUCAUCUACCUCGACACCCAGCUCCACACACCCAUGUACUUCCUCCUCAGCCAACUGUCCCUUAUGGACCUCAUGCUCAUCUGCACCACUGUCCCCAAGAUGGCUUUCAACUGCCUGUCUGGCAGCAAGUCCAUUACUGUGGCAGGGCGUGCCACACAAAUUUUCUUCUAUACAACACUACUUGGCUGUGAAUGUUUCCUGUUGGCACUCAUGGCUUAUGACCGUUAUAUUGCUAUUUGCCACCCUCUGAGAUAUCCUCACCUUAUGAGCGGGAAAAGUGGACUUAUGGCCGUGUCUUCCUGGGUACUGGGUUCUACGGAAAGCAUCAUUGAUGUUGUAGCUACAUUUUCUUUCUCCUAUUGUGGGUCUCAGGAAAUAGCCCACUUCUCUGAUUUUCCUACCCUGCUAAUGAUCUCACGCAAUGACACUUCAACAUUUGAAGAAGUUCUUUUCUACUGCUGCAUAAUAAUGAUUGUUUUCCCUGUAUCAUUCAUCAUUGCUUCCUAUGCUUGUGUUAUGCUGGCUGUCAUUCGCAUGGGUUCUGGAGAGGGUCGGCGAAAAGCUUUUGCCACCUGUUCCUCUCACCUCAUGGUGGUGGGAAUGUACUAUGGAGCAGCGUUGUUCAUAUACAUGUGGCCCACUUCAUGUCAUUCUCCCACCCAGGAUAAAAUGGUCUCUGUUUUCUACACCAUCCUUACACCCAUGCUAAAUCCCCUCAUCUACAGCCUCCGCAACAAGGAAGUGGCCAGAGCAUUCAUGAAGGUGUUGGGGAAGGGCAAGUCUGAAGAGUAA